AUGACGCAGCCUCCAAGCCCCAGCAUGACGCAGCCUCCAAGCCCCAGCAUGACGCAGCCUCCAAGCCCCAGCAUGACGCAGCCUCCAAGCCCCAGCAUGACGCAGCGCCCACAUGACGCAGCCUCCAAGCCCCAGCAUGACGCAGCCUCCAAGCCCCAGCAUGACGCAGCCUCCAAGCCCCAGCAUGACGCAGCCUCCAAGCCCCAGCAUGACGCAGCCUCCAAGCCCCAGCAUGACGCAGCCUCCAAGCCCCAGCAUGACGCAGCCUCCAAGCCCCAGCAUGACGCGCCUCCAAGCCCCAGCAUGACGCAAGCCCCAGCCAGCCUCCAAGCCCCAGCAUGA